AUGACAAAAAGUAUUCGAAAAGAAGAAGGAUGGACUGUACGCAAAGUGAACUCCUUCUUUGAGCACGUUGGUACAUUCGUAAGUGCUUACCCUUGGACAUGUAUCUUGUUGAGUACCUUAUUAACUAUUGGAUUAUCAAUCAAAAUACCUCUGACGGAAAUGGAAAACAACAUCAGUGAUUUCACUCCCUAUGAAGCUCGUUCCCGCAAAGAGUUGGAGAUCUACAAAAGUUUUUUUCAAAACCGGGGAGAACCCAAAACUAUCUAUGCUUUCUGUAGCGGCAAAAAUGGUACAAACAUGCUGGGCUUACAACAGCUGAAUGAAACUGUACAGGUUCUUGAUGGAAUAUCUAGAGACUUCCGAUUGAAGAAAAAUUCGAAAAUGGAAACUUUCGAAGAGUUUUGCAGUGGCUUCUGUACUCUGAAUGAACCUGUUCGACACUUCUACAGUGGAAUGCAAAUAUGGGAUCAGUAUGGAAAUGAAAGUCGACAUUUGGAUUUGGGAUAUCCUGUUACUACAGUACUCGGCACCAAGCUUUAUAUGGAUCCUAACUUCUUUGGAGUCAAAAUAUCCAUUGAGGACGCAAACAAUGGCAUUCGACGGGUUGUUUCAGUAGCUGAUGGAUCUGCCAUUUCAAGUAUACAGACUCAAGUUCCCAAUAAUAUUCGAGAAUUGGAUCUGAUCGUUCUCCAAUUCAGGGCUGAGAUAGGAAAUGAUGUGAACGCGGAUGAUUUGAAAGUGUACGAGAGAGAGAUCGUUGACUACUAUCACAAAACUUUCAAAUCAGAUGUUAUUGAUGUUUACAUUCUCACUGAUUCCUUCAUCACCUCGGAAAUCGUCACAGCUGGCUUGACAUUACUUCCUUUUUUGGUUAUUGGAUUUACCAUCAUGUCAGUCUUCUCUUCCGUCACAUUCAUCAUUGGAGGAAUCAUGAAUGAUCAGUUGAACAAGUUCAAAAUUGUCCUAGCUAUUAUGGCUUGUGUGGCUCCAUUUAUGGCUUGCGGAACAACACUCGGAGGAAUGUUCCUUUCAGGAUUUCGAUUUGGUUCCAUACUAUGUGUGACACCUUUUCUUGUUCUUGCUAUUGGGGUGGAUGAUGCUUAUCUCAUGGUUAACGCUUGGCAAAGAAUAACGAAUGAACGGAGGACAGUGGCUUAUACGAACGUUAGGCAAGAAGUAAAACACCGAAUCAUAGAGAUGUUAGUUGAGACAGGACCGUCGGUCUCUAUCACGACAAUAACAAACGUCUUGGCGUUUGGCAUUGGAGCUAUGACUCCAACGCCUGAAAUUCAAUUAUUCAGUAUUGGCAACGCCUUAGCAGUGAUAGUUGACUUCAUCUAUCAAUUGACCAUUUAUGCGGCUCUCAUGGCUAUAGUAGGCCGCUAUGAGAUUGAGAAGGAAAUGGAGAAGAAAGAGAAACAAAUGAAAACCCUGGAUCUAACUGAGAAAUCAGAGAAGAGUGAUCUCUCCAUACAUAUGACUAAACCCUGUAAAUCCAAAUUCCUCAACUUCUACUGUGACACAAUCCUGAAUAAGUAUGUGUCAUCAGCAAUACUUGGUUUACUAGCAGCCUAUUGGUACAUAAGUGUUGUCGGGACAUUGCAAAUCAAAGCAGAACUUAGCCCGGACAAGCUCUUCUUGCAGGGAUCAAACAUUGUGAAAAUAUUCGAACAGCGAAAACAACAUAUAAUUCCCUAUUAUGGAGUAUGCUGGGUGCUCGUAGGAGCUCCGGGAGAUAUCACACGAGAGACUCAAAAAUUGCGUUUGCAUCAACUAAUUGAAAGUUUCGAAGCGUUACCUGGCUCAGUUGGACGUUAUUCGACUAAGUUUUGGAUGAGAGAUUAUGAAGAGUUUCUUCGACAGAGCGAGUUGAUGGAAGAGGAAGAGUUUGAGGAUCUCGAAGAGCAUGAUCAACUGGCUCAUAACAGAACUUUCGAAGAGAUAUCGUUAGCUUUUGCUGAAAAUGGAACAUCAUCACUCAAGAGCUUUGAAGAUAAGGUUGUAAUGCGAAAUGAGUUGAAACAGUUCCUUGAAUGGCCUGAAUUCUCCUUCUGGAAAGGUUUUAUACAGUACAAAGAAAAGGAUGACAACACUUAUGACGUCACGGGAUUCAUUAUAACAACCGCUUACCAUGGACAUGAGUUACAAGAAUGGUCUAACAGAGCCAAGCUGUUGAACGACUGGCGCAAUGUUGCUGACAAGUUUCCUGAUCUCAAUGUCUCUGUCUAUGAAGACGACGCUAAGUUCUUGGAUUUGAUUGAAACGAUGGUUCCCAUUGCUAGUCAAUCAGCCUUUUUCACUUUCGUUUCAAUGUUUAUCGUCGCUUUCCUAUUCAUAUCUCAUCCUCCCACCUUAUUCGUGGCAACGUUCAGUAUAUUGAGCACAAGCAUAGGUGUGUUCGGUAUGAUGUCAUGGUGGGGAGCGGAUCUGGAUCCCAUUCUGAUGUCAGCAACAGUUAUGUCAAUUGGAUUUUCAGUUGAUAUACCGUCUCAUAUCAGCUAUCACUUCCAUUUAACAAGAAAAGAAACAAGCUGCAUACGACGAAGACUGGAAAGUACUAUUGCGGCAGUGGGUUUCCCCAUAAUGCAGGCAUCCGUCUCAACUACAUUAUGUGUUUUGAGUCUGUUCUUCGUAGAUUUACACAUGUCACAGCUGUUUGCAAAAUGCAUGUUGUUAGUUGUUGUGAUUGGAAUGAUCCAUGGCCUUGUAGUCAUUCCUGUUAUGUUCAAUUUAAUGUCAGCUCUUCCUCGCAAAGUUUCCUAUGCUGUGAGUAGUCAACAGCAUAGGGCGAUAUCCGUAGAAGUUAACUUCCCUUGA